GCUAGCAAGCAACUAAUCUGUACCUCUGUUCAUACUCCUGUUAGUGUUCUUACCUGUAUCUUGUGUUUAACUCUUGUGGUGUAGUUUUUAAAGUUUUAACAUUUUAUUAUUUGAUUUACUUGAAUCAAGUCAUAAUGUGUGACGUAAAGCGUCAAUUAUCUCAAAUGAACGAGUUUGAUGAAGAACGUUUCAAGGGCAAGCCAUGGACCGAAAAACUCCUGGCAGACUCGAUAAGCUGCUCAAAAAAGGCGGUGUCGAACUGGUGCGAUAUCGUGUGCAAAAUCGGCGUAGCCGAUUUGGAGCUGGAGGAACACGUGAACAUUUUUCUCCACUAGAUUAAGAACUUUUAUGAGGACUUAAUUGCCGACAGGGAUACAAUCCAUGAAUCAUGCUUAGACCAAAUCAUGAAGUCAUUGCAAAAACUCGAGGAUUUGUGCCACGAUUUGCACCUCCAAUUAACAACGAGGGGAUCCCUCUGUGCCAGCUCCACCGCCACAUAAGCCAAAAAGUGGAGGAGUACGAAGCUUUGGCCCUAAUUAGGCACCGUGAGCUGUCGGAAUUGAGCCAGAAAGAGGUCAAGUUGUGUGUCAGUCUGGGGCGGGCACCCAGACCCAUCGAGGAGUCUCCGCUGCCCCUACCAAGCCAACUGGACGGCUUCCGGCCAUACGUCGAGGGCUUGGAGUUUGAAUCCCUCUCGCGCGAAGAAAUUUUCUUCCAAUUGAAAUCGAAAAUUGUGGAGAUCGUCACCGAGUUGGUUAUUUGCCCCAAGCUGGAGUUCGAAAAGGGCAUUUUAAACUUGACUAACAUUCAAGUGAUGAUUACGGAUGUCGAGAUGGCGAAAUUCUCUCCGGGUUAGUGACUUUUACUCCAAAGGUGGCAGAUGUGCUUCGCCAGCCUUCUUACUCGGAAAUUUCGCGCACUGGACAGGAGUUUCACACCUUUGGACAAACUAUACCGGACUAUAUCUAACAUCUAUACGAGGAUAAGAGAAAGGUUUGUAAAAACGCAAUUUCGAUUUUGUUUGAUUGAAUUUUAGGAGUUUAAGCAAAAAUUAAGUCCUAAGAAACAGCAAAAGGAGCAAUCAUCCACUUUGGGCAAACCCAUGAUGACUCCUAAGUUAUUGACCCCUCGUGAUGGCUCCAAACGCAAAGCCCCGGCCACUUCGAUGACAGAGUUUAGUACCCGCAUCGAGAUUUUGAGGUAAGUUUUUGCGGAGUUGUAGCGAUUUUGUUAAAUUUUGAGGGUUUAUGGAAGGAAAUUUCCGAGAAAGAAGGCUGGCGAAGCACCACAUUUACCACCUUUGGAGUAAAAGUCACCAACCCGGAGGUUGUUCCCGGAGUCCUACCCAGAACUCCGAGGCCGAAGAAUACAUCCAAAUUUUAUUGUGUUACUUGUUUGUAAAAAUUUGUGUAUUACUUUAUCUAUUAACGAAGUUUUAGUAUUUUAAGUUUGUUUGUAAAGAUUUUGUAAUAUUUUAAGUAUGUAAAUUUGUUUUUAAA